UGUAUACCACACCUACCACAUCCAUUAUUAGGCCACCGCAGACAUAAUUGAUUAAACUGUUAUAUAUUUAGCACUAAAGUUUGAGGAUUCUAGACUUCUACUUCACACUUAAGUUUGCAGCCUGAAGCAAUGGGAUCUACUCAGAGCCACUGCAAUCAAUUAUUGAAGAGAAGGCGGAGAAGACAGUGUGGUAAAAGUUACCAUUUGGUUCCCGUUCAAGCAACUGACGAGGAAGAUGUGGGUCCAGAAAACAUUGUUAUUGGAAGUAAAGAAUCCCCUUUACUGGUGGCCACACAUACAGCCAUUCUGAUGGACCCAACUCUCAUUAAGAAGCGGCAUGCUGGAGAGAGUGACAUAAGAGAGAUCACUUCUACAGAUAUCCAAGAGGAGUGCCGUGGGGUGACUAACACUCUCAACAACAGCUCUGGAUUGUGCAACCCACAAACUGAAACUGAAGAUUUGUUAGACGAUGACGGAAGAAAAAAACAAUUUCAAGAGCAAAAUAUACUAGGCUUUAAAGUCGUCACAGACCUUCAAAGACCGUCAUCGCUCAUCUCUGAUGAUGUUGAGAUCACAAUUGUCGAGAAAAUGCCAGUAAAAGUGAUGAUAGUCGACCGGGAGGCUCCUAGCCAGAUCGUGCACAUGUCCAUUUCUAAGACUGUCAAGUUUAAAGGAGACAAUAAAAAAACCUCGAAGAGCGAUCUUCUCAAUGAGAUAAACAACGAAAGGACCACUAAAGUGCGGCUGAAGCAGCAGUUCAUCUCCUUUAAGGAGCAGCUUGACGAUAAACGAGAGUCCAAGGCUACGGAUGCGAAGCAGAAUGAAUCUUCGACCAAUUCUGUCGACCUCCCUGAGGACCCUGAGAACUUUCCUACUGAGUCUGGUGGCCCUCCUACAGACUCAGAGUGCCAUCCUACCGAGCUCCCUGCAGACCCCCCUACCGAGCCCAUUGACUUCUCUGCAGACCCCCCUACCGAGCCCAUUGACUUCUCUGCAGACCCCCCUACCGAGCCCAUUGACUUCUCUGCAGACCCCCCUACCGAGCCCAUUGACUUCUCUGCAGACCCCCCUACCGAGCCCAAUGACCUCCCUGCAAACCCCCCUACUGAGCCCAAUGACCUCCAUGCAGACCUUCCUACGGAGCCCAUUGACCCUACUGACUGUGUGUGGAAUAAGCAGCAAGACUCAGCUACAAACGACAAUUUGAGCGAAAGUUCUGGCAAUGCCGAUGAUAACCCAGCAGAAACUGAGCAUUUAAACGAGCCAACCAUCUCACAUGAUCCUCCUAGCACUCAAAGCUUCUCUGCCGGUGCUGGCUGUCCUCCUAAUGAGCAGGGAAACUCGAGCAAUCCUUCAUCGGAACAGGACACCUCGACAACAGACACUCCUAGCUACCCGUCUACUACCACCUCUAAGACUGACAAAUCCAGUGACAUCACAUCUGAUCAAACUGAAGAUCCACAAACCCCACAGACAUCACAUGAUCUCCCGUCUAAGGACAGUACCGCUAAGACGAAAGACUCAGCUCGUAAUCAGAACCAUAGAAAGAAAAGGACGAAAACUAAACAUCAAACUCCAUCUCAAGCACCCAGAAAGAGAUGUCGUUCUCGCAACAAAAGAAAUGCAAUCAAGAACCGCAAUCAGAAGAAAAAUGAAGGGAAAAACCCUUUCCCUACGCAACCACCUAACGAGGAUGUCACACGGAGACCCCAUGACACAGACAAGCAAUUAGUUCAUCAACAAAAACUCGAUUUGGGAAACACUCAAGCAGCUUCUCGAAAGAAUAAAAGGCGUCGACAACAUAGAAGAAGGCUAACAGCUACGCAAAGUGAAGAGGAGCCAUUGCCGAAUUCUGAUGAUUCUGAGUCCAAGAGGGAUGCCGAUGGCCAUGAGAGUACAGGCUCUGAGGUCAAGUUCAAGCGACCAAACGACAACAGAAGACACCGUACGAGAGCCCCACAAUCUGGUGAUGGAGGUGGUGCUCUGAGAGAUCCGGAGCAAAGUACAAACAGUAGUAACGAUUCAGUGUCUGAGGAUAAGUCCUGGACUAGGCCAACUCAAGAGUCUGACCCAUUUACUUCCAAAUCAGAUAUGGUCUACCAUCGUCCAAGGCCACCUCCAACCAGUGAAGGUCAACCGAAUUGUUACGUCCCCUCUCAUAAACCACCUCAACCGGAGGAGAUGGCCUCUUGUGUGCAAGUGUUUGCAGAGCCAUUGCAUGAUCCAACCACAGGCCAGUUAUUGCCUGCAACAAGCCAUUGUUCUCAGUUGGUGUUCCCUACUCCAUCAGCUCGUGUGCCUGUCUCUCUGCAAUCAGUACUCCUUUACUGGUUUGUUAUCAUCGUCAUCAGAGGAACAGGUAGCGGGAUUACGCUGAGAGAUGCUAUCAGUGGAUGGGUGGAGACAAGAGAACCUAACCAACUGCGACGACUAAUUGUCGCUCUUAUCCGAUUUGUGAUGAUGUGGGGGAGGGGCAUAAGAAGCCUCGAUGUCGUCACUGUACAGGGAGAGGGUGUGGUAAACGUGGCCGAGUCUGGUCUGGUAGAAGUUGCCAGUUCUGAUUGGGAAAGUGAGCAGCUGCUUCUUCUGGCUAGCAUCGUCGAGGAGUUCUUGAGCCUGUGGGAAAUACAAUCAGUUGCUGGACACCCUAGUGACAUCAACCCCCUGCGGUUGUUUGUGGCGUGGGUUAGACAGUUUGAGAGUGGACGAGUUCGGGUAGUGACCACUCCACUGGUAGAUGCCCUCCACCAGCUGGGAGAGAGAAGCCUGAGGCAACGUUCUCCGUUUGUUGUUGAAGAUGUAAGUGAUGAUGAUGCAGACUAAAACAAAACUGAAAUUAAAGACAUAUAAUUAUGAGUGACUACAUUUUUUGCUUUUCUGUAAUGAUUAGAUGAUAGUUAAUGUUCAUGUAAUAAUGAUUAUGCCGCUCGUAUCUUUAGAUUCCAUUCAGGAGAUAUUGUGACGUUCUUGUCUCUUUUUAGUUUUUGUAUUUCUCUCUUGAGGUCAUCCGCAGCAUCUCUGUCAAACCCACUUCCAUACAUAAUUUCUUUGAGAGUGAGGUUCUGAACAAGUGCUCUUGCUA